GUGGAAUACAAUUAAAAUAAAAUAUAAUCUUCCACAUUCAAAUUCAGAUACUUUUGUCAGCUUUCUAGCUCCAUAGAAAUACUGUUAUAUCGCGUUGAUUUUGGGUUGUGAUUUCAACGUUGUUUCAAUAUGAAAUAAGACUGUAAAAUGAUGAUGAAUCAACAUCAGAGUCUGACAUUGGUUCAAUGAAAUUAGUGUUGACAGCGGAAUGUUGAUUCAACGUAGUUUCAAUGAAGUUUGCUAUCUGGGUAUGUUACGUUGUUUGUGUGAUUAUAUAUGUAUCAUAUAUAUAUAUAUAUGAUUAUAACGAAUACACAAUUAUUCAGAUACAUCCAGUCAGUCUAACUUGAUUGCUGUGCAUCGUUUUGUUUUCUCUACCUGGCCUCCAUUUCGUAAACUUAUUGAGUUGGCAACACAGCCCGUGUUCACAAAAUAAAACGAUGCAUUACAAUCCUAGCACGUUAGUCUGUCUGGAUGCACCUGCAUUAUUUUUGUACUCGUUUUAAUCUGACCACAACGUAACAUAACCUAGUAAAUUAUCAACAAUGUCAACCAAGUUGAGCCAUAAAGGCGAGACUGGAAAAUGACUCCCUGACCCCUCGACCAAAAGCGAUCAAGUAAGCUCAUGCUGCUUGGAUACUUACAAACCUUUUUGGUUGGCUUCUACUUUUCUAGGAAAACUUUUUCCGGAGGUAAGAUUAUUUAUACAAGUUAUACACAUACCUGUGGCAUGAUAUUGAGAUGAAAGCAUGACCUGUUGUUGAUUUCCACGAUCUGAUGUUUUUGCUAGCUAGCUCGUAACUUGCUAUGUUUAGUCUAAUUAGAGCAAACACAAUAAUGCUGACAUCCAUUCUAAAUUGAUGGCUAUGUUUUGUGAUCUCGCUACCAUCUACAGCCAUUCAUUUACGUGUUGAUGGAACAUUUAUUAUUCCUCAUUUAUUGUCAGGCCACAGUUCAAGUGUUGCAUAAAUGAGGCAAGUGUAAUUCGUUUGGAAAAUCUAGGCUAGAGCUUCUUGAUGGAAGACAUAGAAUAAACCAGACUUUAUGCUUAUUCAACUAUUAUUUAACAACUUAUUGAAAUGACAAGACACAAUGUAUGACUGCAAUGUUUCAUAGGGUUAUGAACACACCUCUUGUCAUACCACUUGACUGCCUGCUGUUGACCGUUUUCUAUAUAUUGAACAUCUUCCUUUCUAAUUUUACAGGUGAACGUUGGCCCGCACAGGCCCCGUUCCAAAAGACAGAAAAUGUUGAAAGAGGGUUGCACUGCUGUACAAAUUGUCCAUGUAUAGUACUACAUUGCCAUCUCUCAGGUGUGCAGAGCAAAGGGACUAUAGAGAGCAUCCCGAGGAGGUGCAUCACGGCCUGGUUUGGGAACUACACCGCUUCGAACCGCAACUCAGCAGAGAUCCUGUUGAGAGGAACACAAAGGUGAUGGAACAGGAAGUGAUACAACUCCAGGAAAUGCUCAACAGGUUAGACUUUAAGAGGAAGGAGAUACUGUCUAAAAUGAGGGACAUGAUUAAAGAGAUUGAGCUUCUAAUGGGAUCUCAACUCAAUCCUGAGUUGAUGGAUUGGAGGCGAAGACAACAAAUAGCUUGCAUUGGUGGACCACUGCUCACCUCUCUGGACCAGCUCCAGAGCUGGUUUACCUUGAUGGCCCAGAGUCUGUUUCAGAUCAAGCGUCAACUGGACAAGCUAGGUGAGCUUAUCCUGAAAGUGACCUAUGAGAGUGACCCCAUCCCUCUUCAGAAACCACAGAUGGAGGAACAGGUCAAAUUCCUUAUUUACCACCUCAUUAAAAGCUCUUUGGUGGUAGAAAAGCAACCUUGUAUGCCCACUCACCCUCAGAAACCCCUUAUCAUCAAGACUGGUGUACAGUUCUCCACAAAAGUCAGACUGCUUGUUAAACUCCCAGAGGUUGAUUAUCAGCUAAAAAUGAAGACAACAUUCGAUAAGGACCUACCUGCAGGCAGAGUAAAUCGGCAAUUCUUCAUCCUGACCAACAACAUGAAAGUCAUGGAUUUUGAAGAAUCUUCUAAUGGUUGCCUCACUGUGGACUUCAGACAUCUGCAGCUCAAAGAGAAGAAGGUCAUCAAUGGAACCAAGGGGAAUGAGGGUCUUCUCUCUGUGACGGAAGAGCUUCACACUCUCAGCUUCGAGGCAAAUUUUUCCAUCCAGGGCAUUAGCAUCGACCUGGAAACCUGCUCCCUGCCACUAGUGGUCAUCUCCAACGUGAGCCAGCUGCCAGGUGGAUGGGCCUCGGUCAUGUGGUACAACCUACUGACCAAUGAACCCAGGAAUAUGGGGUUCUUUGGCAGCCCUCCCCGUGCUAGUUGGAACCAGCUAUCUGAGGCCCUCGGCUGGCAGUUCUGUACCUUUACUGGACGAGGUCUUAACAAGGAACAGUUAAAUAUGCUUGGAGAAAAACUCUUUGGUCAGCAAGUCUCUCACAGUGACUGUCAGGUGUCCUGGUCCAAGUUCUGCAAAGAGAAUAUUCUGGGUAAACCAUUCAGUUUUUGGAUGUGGUUGGAUUCUAUCCUGGAGCUUAUCAAGAAGCAUCUUCUUCCGAUCUGGAAUGACAAUUACAUCAUGGGUUUUGUGAGUAAGGAAACAGAGAGGGCCUUGUUAAAGGAUAAGGAACCUGGAACUUUCCUGCUACGCUUCAGCGAGAGCCACUUGGGCGGCAUCACUUUCACCUGGGUGGAGCACAAUGAUAAUGGGGAGGCCAAGUUCAUUUCAGUUGAGCCAUACACAAAAAACCGACUCAGUGCAUUGCCGUUUGCUGACAUCAUCCGCAACUACAAGGUCAUGGUUGAUGGGGUAGUGCCUGAGAACCCAUUGAAGUUUCUUUACCCCGACAUCCCCAAAGACGAGGCAUUUGGCCGGCAUUAUAAUAGCCAGCAAAGCAAAGUCUUUCCAUACAUACCAUCAAUGUUGGUCCCCAUGUCCACUUUGGACCCUAAUCCCAGCAGUGCACUGCCCAUCUGCUCAUCCCCUGAACCUCCUAUGACACCAGGAAUGUUUGACAUGCUCAACCAGCAACUGAGGCCCUUUGAGAUUGAGACUGCUCAUAUUGUGUUUGACUAUGACAUCAACUACACUGGUUCUGGCGACUUGGGGGUGGCCCUGAAGGAUCCCUGUGACCUGGAUCAAGUGAUAACCCCUGACGUCCAGCGAAUGUUCCUCCCUCUUGAGUCUCACGAGAGUGGUGUGAUAGACUAGGAUCGGUGAGUCUCAGCAACUUGGAUACCGCACGAGAGUGGCGUGAUAGACUAGGAUUGGUGAGUCACAACGAGCUCGAAGCGGCACGAGAGUGGCUCAACAGACUAGGUACGGUGAGUCUCAACAACUUGGAUACAGCACGAGAGUGGUGUAAUAGACUAAGAUCGGUGAGUCUCAAGUUGGAAACAGCAUGAGAGUCACGCAACAGACCAGGUAGACAACGCAAGGAACACACUGAGACGAGGGGGGAAAGACGUUCAUUCAUCCGACCGAAAUGAGGAUGUUUAUUGAUUGAACCAAAGCGAUUCUCUCUCAAACGAAGUGAUUCUCUCUCACUUCAUCGACUAGUGUCUUUCUAUGUAUCUCAUUACUGUUGCCAUCUUUCUCAGCCUCCUCUGACUGCUGCAUUCAGUCCGAACACGUAAAAUAAAAUAAAAAAUAGAGACAAGGUCCGACUCGCAAAUAUGUAUAUAGUAGUCACAAUCCAACACUCCUCUUCCCCUGAAUACUGAGGCCUUCAAAUCGGGACCCCAAAUCCCCCCCCGUUUACCGUCUAGUUCAGGGGUUCCCAAACUUAUUUUGCUCGAGACCCAAAAUAAAAAUAUGGUGUCUCCCUGGGACCCAAACAUAAAAAUACUACAUAAAUUGCCAUAACAUCUAUAUUUUGA